GCCUUCACUGACAAAUCCAAAACUGGGUGUUCUGAGCUCAGUUCCCAGUUCAACAGCUGCUGCUCCGAAUGUCCACGCCAAAGAGCAGGUCCUCGCUCGUCAGUGGCGUUGGAGGCGGAACGACUGGCGGUGCCGACGUCUUGACCACCGCUUCGUCAUCAUACCCAGCGAAUCUCAGCCUCGAACUUGGCGCAACAGCAGCGCAGGCAGCGAGCGAUGCCGACAGUGAUGACACGGAGCUCACUGUUGUAGCUGCUGCCGCCGCGCACCGUCCAGUGCAGCGGACCUCGUCCAGCAGCCACAGUUUAGCAACCCCAUCAUCAUUGUCAUCGUCAUACACACUAGGAUCGAGCUUGUCUGCUGCACCCGUUUCCAACGGUGGCAGCGAGGCAGACGCUUCGCUCGUCCCAAUCCAGCAGCGGCCCCGAUCGCCUGCGCUCUUCCGCAAGGGCUCGCUGGCCGAGCCGGGCGCGCAUCCACCGCAAAUAUACAAUGGCAGCCAGUCACAGUCGUCGCAGUCACAGUCGCAGGCACAGUCACAGUCACAGACGCAGAUGCAUAUGCCGACGGUGCCGUACAAGGCUCACGCACCUGCCGCGGUCAAGCGCGCCGAAUCCGUCCAAGGCGAUGAUGCGGUGCCGACGGGCCUGCAGACUCCAUCAAUCGUGCUGAAUGCACCCGUCGAGUCGCCGCUCUUUGUCCGGCGGGAAGAGCACCACGCAUCCGCGAGUGCGUUCCAGCAGCCCGCUCAGACGGCCUUGUCGAGCUCCUCGCGGGCAGCAACCAGCUCGUUGCUCACGGCAGACGUCAUGGCUGGAGAGCUGGAUGCGCAAGAGUACAUUCCUUCGUCCUCCGUGUCCUCCGACGCAGAGUCUGUUGCUCGAUCAUCGGAUGAUGAUGGCGCCGAGAGCGAGUCCGAUCUGUCCGAAGGCAUCAUCAGCGGUAGUAGCCUCAGCGACCCGGCGUUGAGCUCCAGUCCGAGUGUUGCAGCUAUUGGCGCCCCGCCAGGACGAGGGGCUGCAUUGUCCAGUGCUCGCGGCGCACGCAGAUUGGACAGCUCUACCGGUCUGCCAACCGUUCAAACGCCUGUCGCUGCCAACCGCCAGGUUUCCCAACUCAAGGCGGCGAUGGGGGCGGCCGCAAGCCCUGCAAUGAGCAUUGACGAAAGCUUCCGCCGCGAUCAAAGCAACGAUUCGCUCAUCAACGGAGAUGACCGAGCCGCCGACGAGGACGAGUCGGAAGCACUGGCGCGCGUCUCGAUUGGAAACAUGUUCAAAAGCUUCCGCGAGCCCAAGCUGCAGAAGGUUUCAAGAUCGACCUUCCUAGCUGCCCUCGCCUCCAAUGGCAUUCUUGAGGACGAUCCACGACUCCAAUCCGUCAUUGCAAGCAUGCGCAAAUUCGACGAUCUGAUGGAUUACGAGCAAUUUUCCCAGGCCAUCUGGCCAGAGCAUCGCUUUCUCUGCGAGAUUCUCCAAGGCAACCUUGCCAUCCCUGAUUUCGAGUACUUUCGACAAGAGAUCUGCGACAUUUUCGAAACUACCAAACGAUUCACGAGUGGUAAUGUGGCGUCGUACAUUCCACAACUAGCUCGAGUCAAUCCUGAACAAUACGCUGCUGCCAUUUGCACCAUUGACGGACAACGCUUUGCUGUGGGCGACACCAAAGCCGAGUUUUGCGUGCAGUCCUGCUCGAAGCCAAUCAGCUAUGCUCUUGCAUUGGAGGAGCGUGGGCACGACAAGGUGCACCAGCAUGUCGGGCGCGAGCCGUCCGGAGUGCGGUUUAAUGAGCUCACGCUCAACCACGAGCACAAGCCGCACAACCCCAUGAUCAACUCUGGCGCCAUCAUGACCUGCUCUUUGAUCCAACCCGAGAUGGACAUGGCGGAUAGAUUUACAUAUGUUGUCGAAAAGUGGACGGCAAUGGCUGGCGGUGGCCGUAUUGGGUUUAGCAAUGCGACAUAUCUGUCGGAGCGGCAAACCGCCGAUCGAAAUUUUGCCCUGGCCUAUUUCAUGCGCGAAAAUCACGGCUUUCCGGUUGAGGUGGAAAAAAACCUCACAGAAAUCCUCGAGUUUUAUUUCCAGUGCUGUUCUCUUGAAUGCAACGUUCAGACCCUUUCCGUCAUUGCGGGAACACUGGCCAAUGGCGGAAUUUGUCCAAUCACCAACGAGCAAGUGCUGCGUCCCGAGACUGUCCGCGCCGUCCUCUCCAUGAUGUAUUCAUGUGGCACGUAUGACUUUUCUGGCGAGUUUGCAUUCAAAAUUGGCAUCCCUGCCAAGUCAGGCGUGGCAGGCGCCUUGAUGGUGGUCGUUCCAAACAUUAUGGGCUUGUGUAUAUGGUCGCCGCGUCUCGACAAGUUGGGCAAUAGUGUGCGAGGCAUUGAGUUUUGCAAAGAGUUGUGCAAUCGCUUCAAUUUCCACAACUUUGACGAGUCCGUUCACGCCCGAGGGAAAAUCGAUCCACGGCUCCCAAAAAAUCACCAACGACAUCGCCAAAUGAUUGAGCUGUGUUUUGCUGCCAGUCAAGGUGAUCUGAGCGCAAUCCGACGUGCUCUGCAGAAGGGUGGCGGGCUCAAUGAAUGUGACUACGACGGCCGGACGCCGCUCCAUCUUGCCGCGUCGGAAGGACACACUCGCGUCGUCAAGUAUCUGUUCCAGCACGGUGCGCACAUCAACCCAAUGGACAGAUGGGGCAAUACGCCACUUGACGACGCAAAGCGCGAGCAGCGAGUGGAUGUCGUCGAGCUCCUGUUCGAUAAUGGUGCUCUAACGGGUGCUGAGCUGAUGGAGCGACACGCACAGCAGCAGCAAGUUGUGCCUGGCGGUACGCAAUAAACGGAAUUUGUUGGCAUACCAUACAGUGUUUGAUGUGAUUUUCUGUGUCUCUUGUUCUUCUUCUUCAAGUUUCUGUUUUUAC